CAUAAAUAUAUAUAAUAGACAUUACACAAUUUAUUAUCCAUAAACUAAAUUGGCAUCUUUCCCGUUUGACUAAAUAGAAAACCAUUCAUGUUUGACCACCACAUCAAAGACGACUUAGCUGCACCAUAUGGAAAUCCUCACGUAGGGCAUCCGGCAUUGACUAGCAAAGCUUUCAUUGUCGUAGACUAAAAUUACCAAAACAUCCGAACCACUCUCAAGAUAGGCAGAAAAUCAACCAAGAGAGAGCCUGCCGCUAAAGAUAAUCCUCCCCAAACACCCAUUUAUUUCAAAUUUUUAUCUUCUAAAAUCCAUCCUCUCCAAAGUUGGUACUCAAUGAAUUCAGCACAAUGCUUCAACUCUCCCCGAUAUUUCACCUUCUCCAUCUUGGCUUGAUCACAAUCUUCAUUCUUCCAGUAUCUUCGAUCGCAGUAGAUGUGCGCCAUACUGCCUGUAGUCAUCCAUUCGAGUGUGGGGAUUUCCACAACAUCAGCUACCCUUUCUGGGGAGAUCCCUUACCCCCAUAUUGCGGCCUUUCAGAAUUCCAGCUCGCGUGCCAGGAUGGAUUCCCUGUCCUACAUAUCAUGUCAGAAAGAUUUCGGGUUUUGUUGAUCGAUCAUGAAAAACAUAUUCUGAGGCUUGCUAGAUUAGAUUUAUAUGACAAUAAUUGUCCCUCUAGAUACGUUAACACCACCCUCAGCUACCUUUUCAGCUACGCCCCUGACUUUGGAAACCUUACCUUGUUCUAUGGUUGCUCAUCAGUCACUCCACCUUUGGCAUCCAAUACAUUCAGCUGUCGCAAAAAUGAUUCGUCGACUGAAACUGGUUUUUAUACAAUUGGUUCCAUUCCAAGUGGUGAAAACAACAGAACAUGCAAUGAAAGCAUCACUGUCCCAGUGCUUCAAACGGCAGCAAAAGCCCUUAGAGAUAAUGUAUCAUCUCUUACUGAAGCUCUGGAUGAUGGCUUUGAAGUCCAGUGGAUUGUAGAUCGUACAGCAUGUUUGGAAUGUGUCAGCUCCGGUGGACGUUGUGGAUAUAACACCAGUUACUUCCAUCCUAUCUGCUUUUGCCCUGAUCAGCCUUAUACAUUAAGAUGUCCAAAAGGUACAGACACCUUACCUUUCUUUCGUGUGAAGGUACAUGUUUAGACAAUUCUUCAUGUUUCUGUUAUUGGAAAGAUGCCGUAGAUAUAUACAUGCACCUCCUACCUCCCCCAACCCCCCUUUCUUUUCUCUCUUUCUCGAAUCCCCAAAUCGGCAAGGGCCUUCAAAUCUUGGACCAGCAAUAAAGCAUUCAGCUUAAUUGUCUGGUAGAGAAGCAUCAAAGAGUGCAAUUUCUGUUCAUGGUCCAAAUUAGUGAACAAAUGCUGAGAUUGAAGCCAUAAACCAUUGGAAAGGAAUACCAUAUCCCAAUAAAUCAAACUAAGUUGCCAUGAAUCAGAACCUUACCAUAGCAACUCAUAGCAGCCAUGAAAGAACAAGUCAAUAAAA